AUGGUACUGGACUGGUGCAAAACGAAGCUCUUACUUAAGUCCGACAAGUCCAUUUAUCAAGGAAUCGACCCCAAAUCUACCCAUGAUCUCAGGGACUACGCAGUUUUUUCUUUCUUACGGUUCAUGAUAUUCUUAGCUUUACUAUCGUGGAUAUCGGCAGUCGUCUGCGCCGUUACCGUAGUUAACGAUUCCAACUUUGAAGAUGUGGUAUUUGGCAAACCAGGCACCUUCUCUCUAGUAUACUUCAACUCUCCGUACUGUUCAUACUGUCGUCAGCUUGACCCUGAAUACGAACCGUUGGGAGAUUUAUAUAGAGGGACCAAGCUUCAGGUGUUCAAAAUCGACGGUCUAAACAACAAGCGCAUUCGUAGUAAGUACCAUUUGGUAGGCUUCCCGGUGGUGAGACUCUUUUCCAGUGAUGGAGCACAGAUGGGCUCUUAUAAGGGAAAGAGAAGGACUCCUGAGAUGAUGCAGUACAUUCUUGAGGCUACAGGUGCCAGACCAAACAAGUUUACUAGUUAUGUAACCAAGAUAGGAAAGGAUGGUAUUCAGAACUACAAGGAUCUUACAGAUAGGAUCUUUGAUGAAAAUAAUAAUGCAAAAGAUACCGUGGUGGCAUUCUAUGAACCUUGGGACUCCGAAUUGGGCAAUCCCUAUAAUUCCUAUUUCGAGCGUUUGGCCAAGUACUAUUCUGAGGAGGUCAACGACAAUACAGUUGAAUUCGUAGGAGUAGAUGCUACAUUACCGGAAUCUACCGAUGCAGUCAGAUUUUUCCAGGUGGGGAAAUAUCCAAUGAUAUUCCAUUUACCUAAGGGAGCCGAUAGAUAUAUCGCUUAUAGACUCGAUGAGAACUUGGAUGCUACAAAAAUUGUCUCUAUGAUAUCUGGAAAAGACAUUGGACAGACCAGAUUGAACUUGAAAAAGUUGCAGGACGAUGUUAAUAUGAGAAUUGAGGAGAUGGAGAGACAGGAUGAUGAUGAAGACGAUGAAGAUCAAAUCCCGCUGUAUAGAGAUUUAUAG